AUGAUAGAUCUCCUCUUGUCGUGUGAGGAGGAACAAGCGCCAAACCCACCACAGAAGAACACAGGAGAAUCCAAACUCAGGGACAGGUACAAUGAAGAUGGUGAGCUGAUCUUUGUUGGAGUGGAACAUGUAAAAGAAGACGCUGAAAUUCUCUUUGUCAGAGUGAUUUCAAAUUCAAAACCAGUCAUUUCAAACAUUUUGAACAGAGUGACCCCAGAAUCCUAUUCAAAAAGAAAGAAAGGCCACGUGAAUCAAGAUCCUGCUUGUGCAUGGCAGCCUGCAAAUCACAUGACCCAUUCCUCAAAAGCAGUGGUCAUCUCGCCAGUUUUUCAAUCUGAAUGGAGAGCAAUAGAUAGUCCUAUUAUUUCUGAGCCUUCACCUAAAGCUGAUUAUAAAAUGAGCUCACCGCAAGUCAUGCCUCACAAUUCCUCCGAUUUGUUCUCCCCAUGGUCUCAGAGUCUAGUUGGAGCCGUACAUUCCGUAGGAGGCAAGGAUGAAAGUCCUCGUGAUUCAAAGCGACUUUCCACUUGUGAUAUAAACAACGGAAAUCCUAAGAGACCUAAACUCAGUGAUGGAAUCCCAGGGGGAUAUUACUCAACUGUGGCCCCUUCAGAUAUCUCUCCUACAAUGAGCAGGAGUUUACCCUCAGAAGGUGUCCCAUCUUCACUAAGCCGUGUUCAGAACAGAGCAUCAUUUUCUUGGGCUUAUGCAAAUGACAAGGCACAUUUCCAUCUUAUGGAUCCAGACACAGCAAAUAGUGUGGAAAGGCUGGAAAAAACAGACUUUUUGAGUCUAGCAAGUCAAAAUGAGACUGUUGAUCCCAAGAAAGGAAAUCUGAUCAUGUUACUUCAUGACUUUUACUACGGACAGCAUGAAGGAGACGGGCAGCCAGAACAGAAGACGCACACAACCUUUAAAUGCCUCAGCUGCUUGAAAGUUCUAAAAAAUGUUAAGUUUAUGAAUCACUUGAGGAACCAUUUGGAACUUGAGAAGCAGAGGGGUGACAGCUGGGAAAUUCACACCACCUGCCAGCACUGCCAUCGGCAGUUUCCCACCCCAUUCCAGAUGCAAUGUCACAUUGAAAGUGUACACACUACCCAGGAGCCCUCUGCUGUCUGCAAAAUUUGUGAAUUGUCGUUUGAAACAGAUCAGGUUCUCUUACAGCACAUGAAAGACAAUCAUAAACCUGGAGAAAUGCCCUAUGUGUGCCAGGUUUGCAAUUACAGAUCGUCGGCCUUUGCUGAUGUGGAAACACACUUCAGAACAUGCCACGAAAACACUAAGAAUUUGCUUUGUCUGUUUUGCCUCAAAAUUUUCAAAGCUGCGAUACCCUAUGGGAAUCAUUGUUGGAGGCACUGGAACAAGAGAAUCUUUCAGUGUUCCAAGUGCCGGCUACAGUUUUUGACUUCAAAGGAGAAAAUGGAGCACCAAACCAAGAAUCAUCAACCGUUUUAAAAUCCAGAGCAAUUGGAAGGGUUGCCUCCUGAAACAGUGGCUAUGAUUCAAAAUUUAGUUCAACCAGGAUCAAGAAGUGCAGCAUUCGUUAUUGUGAUCAACACUGACCCUCAACUGUCACGUGUAAAAACUAAAAAGAGGAUGGCUGUCAACUCUUAA